UUUCUCUCUAUCCCAUUAAUUUCGCUGACCUUUCUUCUCUGCCCCCCAUCUCUUCAUUUACAAACACAGACUUCCUUCCCUUUCUCACUGUCGCUCCCUUCUCUUCAUUACUUUUAAUUCUUUCAUCAAACAUUAUCUCUUUGUUUUCAAAGUGUUAUAUAAAGAGUGAACUCAACUGCCUUGUUCCUUUGCUGCUUCAGUUUUUCACUAUACACCACUAUACCCAAUAUGGGGAGAUCACCUUGCUGUGACAAAGUAGGGUUGAAGAAAGGACCUUGGACGCCAGAAGAAGACCAGAAACUCUUGGCUUACAUUGAAGAACAUGGUCGUGGAAGCUGGCGUUCCUUGCCCGCCAAAGCCGGUCUUCAAAGAUGUGGGAAAAGUUGCAGGCUCAGAUGGACUAAUUAUCUAAGGCCUGAUAUUAAGAGAGGAAAAUUUAGUUUGCAAGAAGAACAAACUAUCAUCCAACUUCAUGCCCUUUUAGGGAACAGGUGGUCUGCCAUUGCCACUCACUUGCCAAAAAGAACAGAUAAUGAGAUAAAAAACUACUGGAACACUCAUCUUAAGAAAAGGUUAGCUAAAAUGGGGAUCGAUCCCAUCACUCACAAGCCCAAAAACGAUGCUUUACUCUCCACUACUGAUGGUCAAUCCAAGAAAGCAGCCAACCUUAGCCAUAUGGCUCAAUGGGAGAGUGCUAGGCUCGAAGCUGAAGCUCGACUGGUUCGAGAAUCAAAGAUCCGUUCACAUUCACUUCAACAUCAUCACCACUUCAACCCCCCUGCUUUUACCCUUGAGUCUCCUACAUCCACUCUUUCUGUCUCAGAAAAUGCACCACCAAUCAUUACAGGGCUCGGUGUGAGUCCGAUGCCCAUGAUCGAGUUCGUCGGUACCACCUCGGGUUCCUCCGAGACGGCGGGGAUCGUUAAAGAAGAAGGUGAACAAGAGUGGAAAGAGCUUGGAAGUUCAAGCAAUUUGGCUGAUUACAAAGAGGGUAUGGGGAAUUCUUUGUCAUCAUUCACAUCUAGUCUUCAGGAUAUGACAAUUUCUAUUGAAGGAGGAUGGACUCCAGAGUCUUUGAGGCCAAACAACAUUAAUGUUAAUAAUGUUGGGAAUAUAAUGGAGGAAGGUUUCACUAAUCUUCUUCUUAAUGAUUCCUUCAACCGGAGUUUAUCGGAUAGCGGCAAAGAAUCUGACGAAAACAGCGGAGGCAGCGGGGAUGGCAGUGAUUACUAUCAAGAUAACAAGAACUAUUGGAACAGUAUUCUUAAUUUGGUGAAUUCUUCCCCAUCAGAUUCACCAAUGUUCUAAACAAUUUAAUUAUAUAUAUAUUGCAAUUGUUCUAAAAGCUGUGAAAUACCAUCAGGUUAUAUAAAUCGGAAUUUUCCACUGUUUCCUCUACAAAGGGAAAAGCUUUGACAUGUUCUACGUAGUUGAUAGAAUUUUAACAUGUUUUGAGUGAAAUUCAAUGACAAUUUUCUCUUUGUAUUGA